AUGGUAGCAGGCAAGGUCUUCUCUGUGCUUCCGCUGCUCGGCUUGGUGCUGGGUGCUUCUAUCCGGCUGGACGCUCGCCAGAAUGAUGGCUCGUCCAACUCGACUGCCGGCCCAUAUGGACUCUCCAAUGCCGACUGUUCGAACAUCACGCUCUCGAUCCCCGUCAACACGACGCUGACCAACUUUACGGGUGUCGACAACACCUACUCGAACCAAUCGUACAUUACGCAGCAGGUGAUCGAGUUCACCCAAGCCCAGGCCAACUGGACGAGCGAGCACGUCUCCAACGCCACUCACACGCUCAAUCGCACCUUCUCCAUCGCGGGCACGUACUGCAAGCCUCGCCAGGGCGGCGACAAUGAUGUGCUGAUCAACCUCGUGCAUGGAAUCGGCUUCGAUUCGAGCUACUGGGACUUUGCGCUCAGCCCCGAGUAUAGCGUGGUCAAGGUGGCGGCGAGUUAUGGCUACGCGACGUUUAGGUACGACCGGAUCGGAACGGGCAAGAGCGAGACGCCAAAGGGUGGGUUUGAAGUCGCGCGUGCUCAGACCGAAGUCGCCAUCCUCCAGGGCGUCCUGGGCCAGCUGCGCAACUCGACUACAGUGGGUGGCAAGCAGCACAACAAAAUCGUAGGCGUGGGCCAUUCGUACGGCUCGGUCCAGACGCAAGCUGUCACCGCGCAGUCGCCGGAGCUGCUAGAUGCAGCAGUCUUGACUGGAUUCACCACCAAUAGUAGCAACCUUGGCGGCUACCUCACCGCGGGCUCCUACUCGAUCGCCAACCGCAUCUUCCCAGAUCGUCUCGGCGACAAGCCCGAUACCUGGCUGGUGACCGGAAGCAACGCGAGCGACAUUACGGGCUUCUUCUUCCCGCCUCACUACGCGCCCGAGGCGUUCGACCUCGCGCGCGCCACGGAACAACCCGUGACGCUCGGAUCGCUCUUCACCGUCGGCGACGUAGGCGGUGUGGCGCAGAACUUCACUGGCCCCGUUCAGGUCGUCAAUGGCGCCAACGACUUUAUCUUCUGCUCGAGCAACUGCUGGGCCGGUCCCAACGGCACCGACAUCCCCUCCGGCGUCAAGAUGCUCUACCCGGCCGCGAGCAACUUUACCUCGUACAUCGCCGAGAAGACGGGCCAUGGCAUUACUGCGCACUACAGCCAGCCCGAGGUGGCGCGAGAGAUCGUCACCUGGAUCCAGAGCCAGAAUCUGUAG